GGCGGCCAUUACGGAUUUCCGCCUCCCUCACAGAAAGCGGCGCGGCAACGUGCGUGACCUCUCUUACGUCACAUCCGGCCCUUGCGAUCCAGGGUCGCAGAACCCGCGGGAUGAAGUGCGUGUUUGUUACCGUAGGGACCACCAGCUUUGACGACCUCAUUGCGUGUGUGUCAGCGCCCGACAGUCUACAAAAAAUCGAGAGCCUUGGUUACAGCCGACUUAUCCUGCAAAUUGGUAGAGGAACGGUGGUACCUGAACCCUUCAGUACUGAGUCAUUUACUCUGGAUGUUUACAGGUACAAGGAUUCCUUGAAAGAAGAUAUUCAGAAAGCUGAUCUUGUUAUUAGUCACGCAGGUGCAGGAAGCUGUUUGGAGACUCUGGAAAAAGGCAAGCCACUCGUGGUAGUUAUAAAUGAAAAGCUGAUGAACAAUCAUCAGCUGGAACUGGCAAAACAGCUACACAAAGAGGGUCAUCUCUUCUAUUGUACCUGCAGGGUCCUGACUUGUCCUGAGCAAGCCAAGUCCAUUGCUUCUGCUCCUGGGAAGUGCCAAGAUUCUGCGGCGCUGACUUCAACUGCCUUCUCAGGCCUAGACUUUGGGCUGCUUUCCAGAUACCUGCAUAAACAAGCUCUUGUCGCUGCUGCCCAUCCUCCCUGCACCCUACUUUUUCCAUCUUACCACACUUUUUUCCCUCUCCCUCUCACCCCCACCCUGUACAAAAUGCAUAAAGGAUGGAAAAACUACUGCAGCCAGAAGUCUUUGAAUGAGGCAUCAAUGGAUGAAUAUUUAGGCAGCUUAGGGCUGUUUCGAAAGCUGACUGCCAAGGAUGCCUCUUGCCUCUUUCGGGCUAUUUCGGAGCAGUUAUUUUGCAGCCAGGUCCAUCAUCUGGAAAUCAGGAAAGCUUGUGUCUCAUAUAUGAGGGAAAAUCAACAAACUUUUGAGUCUUAUGUGGAGGGAUCUUUUGAGAAAUACCUGGAACGGUUGGGAGAUCCCAAGGAAAGUGCUGGCCAGCUGGAAAUAAGAGCACUUUCUCUAAUUUAUAAUCGGGAUUUCAUUCUUUAUCGCUUUCCUGGAAAACCUCCAACUUAUGUCACAGAUAAUGGCUAUGAAGACAAGAUUCUACUCUGCUAUUCAAGUAGUGGUCACUAUGAUUCUGUGUACUCAAAACAAUUUCAGUCAAGUGCAGCUGUUUGUCAGGCUGUAUUAUACGAAAUUCUCUAUAAAGAUGUAUUUGUUGUGGAUGAAGAAGAGUUGAAAACUGCGAUUAAAUUGUUUCGAAGUGGUUCUAAGAAAAACAGAAAUAAUGCUGUGACUGGGAGUGAGGAUGCCCAUACUGUCUACAAGAGUUCAAAUCAGAAUAGGAUGGAAGAGUGGGGUGCCUGCCGCAAUGCUGAAAAUAUACCAGAGGGCUACAAUAAAGGAACAGAAGAAACCAAGUCUCCAGAAAAUCCAUCAAAGAUGCCCUUCCCCUAUAAGGUGCUGAAAGCCCUGGAUCCAGAAAUCUAUCGUAAUGUAGAGUUUGAUGUUUGGUUGGACAGCAGAAAAGAACUUCAAAAAUCUGAUUACAUGGAGUAUGCUGGGAGACAGUACUAUUUGGGAGACAAGUGUCAGGUUUGCUUGGAAUCAGAUGGAAGAUAUUAUAAUGCUCAUAUCCAGGAAGUUGGAAAUGAGAACAAUUCAGUAACAGUCUUUAUUGAAGAAUUGGCAGAAAGGCACGUUGUUCCACUGGCUAACUUAAAACCAGUUACCCAAGUGAUGCCUUUUCCUGCCUGGAAUGCUAUGCCCAGUCGUAAAGGAAGAGGUUACCAGAAAAUACCUGGGGGAUAUAUCCCAGAAAUGGUUAUAUCAGAGAUGGACAUGAGGCAACAGAAGAAGAUGUUCAAGAAAGUUCGAGGGAAAGAAGUGUACAUGACUAUGGCUUACGGCAAGGGAGACCCCCUCCUCCCACCCAGGCUACAGCACAGUAUGCAUUAUGGGCAUGAUCCUCCAAUGCACUACUCAACAGCUGGCAAUGUUAUGUCUAAUGAACAUUUUCAUACUCAACAUCCAUCUCCAAGACAAGGUCGAGGAUAUGGGAUGCCCAGAAAUUCGUCUUGGUUUAUAAACAGGCACAACAUGCCGGGCCCUAAAGUUGGUUUUUACCCAGGCCCAGGUAAAAGGUGCUGCCAGAACUAUGAUAACUUCUCUUACAGAUCUCGUUCAUUUAGACGUAGUCACCGCCAGAUGAGUUGUAUGAAUAAGGAGUCCCAGUAUGGAUUUGCUUCAGGGAAUGGACAAAUGCCCAGGGGCUUGGAAGAAACGAUUACUUUUUAUGAAGUUGAAGAAGGGGAUGAGACUGCUUAUCCAACUUUACCUAAUCAUGGAGGUCCCUCUACAAUGGUUCCUGCUACUUCAGGAUGCUGUGUUGGAAGGCGGGGACAUAGCUCGGGCAAACAGACUUUGAAUUUAGAUGAGGGCAAUGGCCAGAGUGAAAAUGGGGGAUAUCAUGAAGAAUGUCUUUAUCCUGCAGAGCCAGACUAUGAAACUUCAGGUGUUUAUAGCACAACUGCAUCUACAGCAAACUUGGUAGGUAUUUAAUAAUAGCAAAGAGUUAUAGCUUCUACUAUUUACUAGGGUACUGUUAAGAGCUAUACAUAUAAAUGUAUUUAAAUCAGAACAACCCUGUGAGGCUUAGUAUCAUUCUCCUUUUGAAGAUGAAGAAAUUGAGACAGAAAUUAACUUAUUUUCUGGAAUUAAUCUAUUUAGAGAUAUUCUAACAGCAAUAAUGAUCUUUUAGAAGAUUUUAUGAUUUUUUAUUAGAAUGGAUCAUAAAUCUCACUUAAUAUAACAAAAGUUUGCUUCUCCCUUAUGCUAGUAGAGGUCUAUAGAAGGGCUUGCUCAGGUACUCAGGCUGAUGGAAGUUUGUCCAUGAUUGCUAAGGCAGGAAAUAAAAUUUGGUAAAUGGUGCACUGGCUUCUACAGCUUCCACCAGAGAUGAUACAUGUCACUUUCUUUUCCAUUUCACUGGCCAGAGCAGGUACCACUGAAGAGUUUAACUUCUCUGUGCCUGAAAGGCAAAAAGAAACAUUUUAACAGUGCUAAUAGCUAUAUCAUUCAACUUGCUCUCUCUCUCAUAGGCAGAACACUUGUUUCUACCUCAAAGGAGGCAUCCUAAAAGGUCCCAUUCAGUGUAAUCAAACUCAUAGCCUAAGAUUUCUGGGCUGUGUGUAGUACUUGUUAUAUUGGGUCCAGAUGUGGCUUCUUGUGAUCUUGAGACCAAAAACCAAAAAUGCAGAUUUUUUUUUAACCUCUCUCCCCAAUUUACAAUGCUGAAGCAGGCACUGAAAUUCCCACUCAGAAAGGGGGAAAAUGGGAGAUAAAAAACAGUUACUGUCCUGUAGCCAUUCUGAGACCUUUAUGGGCAAACGUUAUAAGUUCCCCCAGCGUACUCAUGGGGACUCUUCCCUGAAGAGUUAUCUUGUUCAUUUUCUGAGGCUCUUGGCUACUCCCAAGGCCUAUCCUUACUUGGCAAUAUUUCAAGUAGGCAUUGGAGAAUAAUCCUUCCUUGGCAACUGAGCAGCUUUCUAAGCUUGCUACUUACAGAAGAUUUGGAGGCCCAAGGGUGGUUUUAUCUCAAUUGAAUGGUUUUAGUUUUGGCUCAUGAUUUCUUUGGCUGCGAGAUUAUUUUAUUCUGCUUCUUUUGGUUUCAUGUACCAAUAACCAUACUACAAUUCUUUUCCAUAAAUAUACUACUAAGACUUGCUAUAAUUCUUUGUGUUUUUAAUCCUUAUAUUUUUCUCUACUUGAUUGCAAGUGGCUUGAGUUUAUCUUGCGUUGAUGGAAGAGCCAUGCCUUUUGGAAACUUUUCUACAGCCAUUUUGUUGAAGUGCAAGGAUUUACUAGAUGUUAUACCCUUAGUUGAACUCUGGCUUUGAGACAUCUUAUUGCAUUCAGGGGUUUUUAACAAAAGAGUUGCUGCAAGGUUAAGUUUUCAUGUUGUCGUUAUUCAAUGCAUUCAUCAAUAUUACCCUUUAUAGUUUAGGGUUGAAACAAUUGUUCCUUCAACCCUAUGAGUCCCUGUAUGCAAGGAAUCUAGUCCCUCUC